AUGGAACAAAUCAUAUAAACAACCUAUUCCCAAUAGAUUAAACCAGGCUCUAAGUAGCCAUGGUACGACAUAGAACACCAACAUCUAUCAUAGUCGUUGGUGGCAUUUUGGUUCUUCUUAGCAUUUCAUACAGCCUUGCACCACUAAGAAAUGUCAGCAAAGUUUCAAUAGGUGAAGUACAAGGUCAACUUUUCAUAUUAAAUCAAACAGACAUAGGACAAAUUGAUGAGGAUGAAGAAGAUGCAAGUCGAACUCAAAAAAAUGAUGGACUGUUUAACACACUUGAACAUGUAAGAGAGAGAAAACAGAACUCAGUGACAAAUGAUAUAGUGUAUGAUAAUAAUGAACAUGAUAACAAUAUGAACACAUUACCAGGAAAUGCACAGGCUGAGCCAGAGGAAGGAACUUCAAUGGAUUCAGAUACUAAGAUUGACCUCAGUAACAUUAAACCGCCAGACACAGAUGGUUUUCAACACAACAAUAUUGAAAGUGAAACACAAGGCGAAUCUGACAAGACUGAUCAUAAAGCAACAAAUGAGAGCAAAUCAGGAAAUCGUGAUAAUGAUAAAACCAAUACAACAAAUCUGGAUUCAAAGCUAGAUAACUUGUACACAGUAGAAAGUAAACAAGGUACGGAUCUAGAUGAGAUUGACAAUGAAGACACCUACAUGUAUGAUAAGGAGACUGAAUAUGAACAUAGCAUUGAGGAAGAGACUGGGAAUAACACCAUCGAGACACACCUUCAUAGAACAAAAAAAUUUCCUGGUUUGAUUAUCAUAGGAAUACAUAAAUGUGGAACAUACGCUUUGUCAUUUUUCUUAGGGAUUCAUCCAAACUUAAAGCGAACUAAAGAAACUGAAAUUCAUUUUUUUGACUGGAGGUCUGAGUAUAAGAAAGGACUGGAUUAUUACAUCAGUCAAAUGCCUCUCACAGAUCAUACCCAGUUAGGUUAUGAAAAAACUCCUGGGUACUUUGAUCUAGCAAACCCUAGAGAUAUUUAUAAUGCAAAUAAAGAUGUUAAGCUAGCCAUUAUAGCAUGUGAUCCUUUACGGAGAACAAUGUCACACCAUUUGACGAAAACCUUAGUAUUCCAGAAAAAUGUAACAUACGAUGGGUGUAUCUUACAUAAAAAUGGUACACUGAACACAGAAGGGUGUCCUUACAUCUACAGGGGACACUACGCAACUUACUUCAAACGAUACUUGGAAGUAUUUCCUAGAGAACAAAUUUUAGUGGUAUCUACUGACGAGCUGAAGAGAGAUCCUAUUACUGUUAUCAAAAAAUUUGAAACUUUUUUAAACCUCCCAAAAAUCGUGAAUGACAACAUGUUAUAUGUUGAUGAGGCUUCAAAACAAUUCUGUAUCAAACCAGAAUACUGGAAUAAAAAAUUUAUGAGGAAAUAUAAUGGCUGUAUGUUACGUCCUGACAAACACCAUGAUCAUCCAGAAAUUCACCCAGAACUGGUCAAGAAAUUCACUAGUCACUUUAGGGAUCGAAGAGUUUGCACAACUAACUGGUAAAAACUUUUCAUGGGCAGAAUAAAACUAGUCUAUGUGAACAAGAGUGGGGAAAUUUGGAAUAUAAUGAGUAUUGUUAAUAGGAUGGGUGGAGCCAUUCUCUAUAUCCCCCAAACUUUAUUUGAUGGGAUAAAAAACACAUGCAAAGAGAGGAACCAUGGCUGUAUUUGUAACAUUGUA